AUGACAAACAAGACAGGUGCGGAAACUGACAAUAGACACUUGCCCGCUGUUGCAAUGUAUGGUCCUUGCACAGUCUCGGGCGUCAAGAAAGGCGAUGUCAAACUUUGGUGUGCUUGUGGACUGAGUAAAAAUCAGCCAUGGUGUGAUGGAUCUCACAAAGGCACAGGGAUAAAGCCACUGAAGUGGACAGUGUCUAAAGAGCAGAGACUUUUUCAGAUCUGUGCCUGUAAGUACACCAAGGACCCACCCUUCUGUGAUGCCACCCACACCAAUUUACCUUCUCAAGUCCUACACCAACAGGAAGUGUGUCCACGGCAACAGGACAAUCACCAUAGCAACAAUAAACUCUGUACAGGAUGUGGCUGGGUGCCAGAUUUCUGAUUUUAGUUACACUGAUUACAUGAUACAAAUUGUGAGGCUGUGAUAUAAACUGGAUGGAUGGGAGAUUGGGAGGAAAGGGGAUUCUGAAUCUCAUUUAAUUUUAAGUCAUAUUGCCUCUCAAAAUAACAUCAUUCAAUUUAAAAGUUAACAUAUCAUAAUAUUUUUCAUCAGUGAAAUCAUGGUAAAUGUUUGGGGGCAAUGAAGUAUAGCAUUCACAUAUUAUUGCUAGUGAAAUCACUGUUGUAAGCAAGUAUGAAACGUCAAGUUGACCUACAUUGUAAAUGUGAAUCAAUUUGAUCAUUUUCCUGUCAAUAUUCAGUUUGUGAAGAAUUGUACAUGUAUGUGAAAAGGUAUAAUAGAAACUGAUUACAAACCAACUGUACAUUUGCAAUUUUUAGUUCUAAUACAUGUAUUUCUAUGUGCCAAAAUCUUUGCCAAAUAAAAUAAAAUAAAUUCAAUAUA